CUCGCGUUGCCACAUUCCCCAUUCCCAUUCCCAUUCCAUUCCAUUCCCUUCCUUCCCCGUCGCCGCGACAGAUGCGCCGGGCCCCGCGCCCGCUAGCCCGCUAAGCCCGGACGCCCCCGCGCGCGCGAGAUCCGCCCCGCCUCCGGCCGGCGACCUUGCCGGAGGCCAUGCCGGUGACGGACUACCAGGGGGCGUCGUCCUCCCCGUCGCCCUUCUCCUUCGGCUCGCUCCUCUCGCUCCGCCGCGACCACACGGCCAUGGCGUCGGGCGAGGAGGCCGACCUCGAGGUCUUCCAGCGCCACCUGGCCGCCAACCUCGGGGACCUGCUGCCCGCGGAGGCGGCCGAGGGAGUGCCGGCGCCGGAGGAGAUCCUCUCCGUCGCCUGGAUCCGCCGCCUCCUCGAGGCCUUCAUCCUCUGCCAGGAGGAGUUCCGGGUCGUGCUGGCGCAGGCGCGCCGCCGCGGGGCGCUGCCGGCCGCGGCCGAGCGGCUCGUCGCCGAGUUCCACGAGAGGGCCGUCAAGGCGCUUGACGUCUGCAACGCCGCGCGCGACGGCGUCGACCAGGUGCGCCGCCUCGAGCGCCUCGCCGACAUCGCCGCCUCCGUGCUGCUCGCGCCCGGGGAGAUCCACGAGGGCCAGCUCCGCCGCGCUCGCAAGGCCGUCUCCGACCUCUCCGUCCUGCUCGUCGACGACACCACCGCCGCCGCCAGCGGGGGCGUCGCCUCCUUCCUCGCCUCCCACCGCAACCGCUCCUUCGGCCGCGCUCGCGCGUCCCCGUCGCGCGGCUCGGCCACCGGCUCCUCCGCCACCUCAUCCGCGUCCCAUUUCCGCUCCCUAUCCUGGAGCGUGUCCCGCGCGUGGUCGGCGUCGCGGCAGCUGCAGGCCAUCGGGGCCGGGCUGACUGCGCCGCGCGCGCACGAGGGGGGACUCGUGGCGCCGGUCUACGCCAUGGGCUGCAUACUCCACUUUACGGCGUGGGCGCUCGUCGCCGCCGUCCCAUGCCCGGACCGGUCCAGCGCGCUCCUGGCGCACCACCUGCCCGUGGCGCCAGCGCGCGCCGCAUUCCCCUGGGCGCCGCCUCUGCUCACCCUGCAAGAACGCCUAGCCGAGGAGGGGAAGCGCAAGGAGAGGCGCUCUUGCUGCGGCCUGCUCAAGGAAAUCCACGUGCUCGAGAAAGCCACACAGAAGCUCGCCGAUGCCAUUGACGCGGCCCCCAUCCCGCUCUUCGGGGACAGGGAGACCGACCUGCGGGAGGCCGCAGCGGAACUCUCCGCCGUGUGCGCGGCCAUGAGGGACGGGCUGGAGCCACUGGAGAAGCAGGUGCGGGAGGUGUUCCACCGCAUCGUGCGCAGCCGCGUGGAGGGCCUCGAUUCCUGCAUGCACAAUGCUGAUUGAUUCAUCCCAUCUCGCCUUUGAUCGGGCAAUUUGGUGGGCGUAGGUAGCUUUCUUCUUCUUGGUUUGCUCGUUUGUGUUCCAAAUCGUAUUUUUAAGUGCAAAUACCUACGUACGUGCCUUCGUCUUCAUGUAAAGGAAGGAAGGGGAUUAGAAAGGAGCCACCAUGAUGUUAAAGAUGGUUGCUUGGUUCUCCCAUGUUAAUUUUUGUUUUCUACCAUGCCUUUUGGUAUAUAUGUUGCCAAUUUUUUGGUUAGUUGUGUGCGUCAACGGCUAAUUUGUCGUUGAGUUUAUGUUCCAGAGCUCCCUAAGGUCACUUUGAUCUCUCUCAUGGUUACCAAAAA